AUGCUUUCUACUAUAUGUUCUUCGUUGGUAAUUAAAUCAGACAACAUUACCUACCAACCCAAAGACUUGCUUGGUCGCACAAAAUUCAGUUCAGUAUAUAAAGCGUUUUUAAACAGUCAACAAGUCGCUUUAAAAAUCUAUUCUUCUGAGUUAUCUCGUGAUGAAGUCAACAUUUGUAUAACAGAGAUUUCUUUUAUUCGAAGUGUCCACCAUCCCAAUGUUCUCUCUGUUAUUGGUGUCUGUGACAUCAAUAACAGUUUUGGUAUUGUUUCUGAGUUAUGUGGUUGUAACUUAGACAAUUUCAUAUAUGGUGUUGACCUUUCUCUAGAGAUGCAAAAUAUUGACUGGAGUCUCACAGGAAAAGCGAACAUCUUCCUUCAACUCUGCAAAGGGAUCCAAUGGGUCCACAACAACUUUAACGCCUCGCACAACAAUUUAAAGCCGAAAAAUGUUUUAGUGACGCCUUCUGGUGUUGUUAAAAUUUGUGACUUCAUUUCUGAUGAAAAAAUUUCAAAAAAACUCUCAGAAGAUAGUAAUGAGACUUUAUUGUACUGUGCCCCCGAAUUAUUAGAACUCAAUUCGAAGUCCCGAGGCAAGGAAGUCGAUAUCUAUGCACUUGGUGUGAUCUUUUGGGAGAUGUUAUAUGAGAUGAAACCUUUCAAUGAGUUUUAUAAUGAAGAGGAAAUGUCGAGAAAAACUUUUAAAUCAAUGGUGACUAAAAACAUAGCUUAUUUGACACUUCCAAACACUUUUAUAGAAAGGAAACGCAAUGUCGAAAAGGUAAAAGAAAAGUAUGGAAAGUACUUACAACAGAUUCCUAUUGAAGCAGAAGCCAUAGUUGAGGCUGCGACCAGUAAGGCUUCAAGAAGAUGUGACAUCAAUUCCCUCAUAGAAAUGACGAAUGACUUUAUUGUACAACUCCAAAUGAAAGUCAAAAGCGCUUUUGUGUUUUGGAAGAACAAUUUCUCAAUAAAAGGAAAAGAAGUUGAACAGGUUAUCACUUCAGAAAUGCUGGUGGCAGCUUUACAGAAGACUUUUGAUAUUCCAAAAAUCGACAAGUCACUAGUGGAAAUGAAUUUGGGGGAGUCGGGACAAGUCACUUUAAAUCGCUUUGUCUUCUUAAUGUCCGUCUUCGGGAAAUUUUACAAGAAAAAAGAAGUUUUGAUGAGAAUGUAUGACGCUAUGCAAGCGCAGUGGUUCUAUCCAAAUUACACAAGAGACGAAGCGUAUUCAAAAAUAGAGGGGCUGGUCGAUGGAACGUUUUUAAUACGACUUUCUAAGUCAGACCCAGUGUAUCCAAUUACUUUAACUAAAAGAUUUAAUGGAAAAACUACAAACAUUAGAAUUGAAUGUAAACAAGAAGGAAGUGAUGAAAUUAAGUACACUCUCAAAACUAAACAAAAGACUAUUGAAAAGAAUUCGCUGGUUGCUCUUGUGGACCAAUUAAAUUUUGACGGCUCAGUAACAACACCAUGCCCAAAGGAAAAAAUCGAUACAAUUUAUUGA